GCGAUGAAUUACUAGAAUUUCAUCAGAGACAUUUUUCAAGCGAAGCUACCGCUGAUUUUGGUCAAAAUUUCACAAACCUUCCACCACAAGAGUCCUCCGAGACUCAAUUAUACGAAGAAUGGGAAGAAGAAGAGGAGGAUGAUGGUCUUGGUUACUAUGAAGAUGGUGUGAAAAGAACCCUCACAGACGAGCAGAUUGCAAUAUUCCGACACUCGGAGAUUAGAGAGCUCCGGCGGCAACAAGAAAAGCAAUCACAAUCGAAAUCAGGGCCGCCGCGAGAUACUUCCACAAAUGACACGGACGCCGCCUCUCCGCAUGGAUUGGGAGCCUCUGCUGGUUCUCGAAACAAGAAGAAAAAGAAGAAGAAAUCCAAGGCGGGAAAGCAAGAACCCAAACCAGACCUACGGAAGCGUACCUGGGAUGUGGUCGAAGCAGGACUCGACUCCCUCGAUUACGAUUAAAGCCAACUAAUGGCGAAGUUCCUGGCAGUUUUUAGCGAGCAGCCGUUCAUGUUUUAGGCCAGCUGGCGGAUAUGGUUGCAUGUUUUCUUGAGCAAAUUUGCAAGUUAUUUGUCAACACGUUCCCAUAGGAUCUCAAUCACAAGGGUUUUUUUUUUUUUUUACACCGGGAUGGAGUCGGCGUCUGACGAGAUAUGAUGAAGUGGCUGAUAUUGCAUGGAUGAAGGGCGUACCUAUGAAAAUGUUUUUUUUUCCUUGGCUGAAGGGGGAAAGGGAGUAACAUGUUACCUAUACAUGAUGUCUAAUUUGUCAAUUUUCGUAGUCAUGAAGCAAAUGACUGAAUGAUUCC